AUUAUAUUAAUUCCACAUGGCUAGCAAGAAGAAGCAACUUUUUAAAAUCAUCAUCUUAGGUGAUUCAGGGUAAUUUUGUAUUCUUAAUAGCUUUUUAGAGUAGGAAAAACAUCUUUGAUGAAUUAAUAUGUCAAUGCAAGGUUCACUUAAUAAUACAGAGCUACAGUCGGAGCAGAUUUUAUGGCUAAAGAAGUUAUGAUAGAUGAUCGCAUGGUUACCCUUCAAGUAUCAUGACUUUACUAUAUUUUUAUUAGAUUUGGGACACUGCAGGCUAAGAGAGAUUCCAAUCAUUAGGUGGGGCAUUUUAUAGAGGAGCUGAUUGUUGUGUAUUAGUUUACGAUAUCACAAAUCCAAAAUCAUUUGAUUCAUUGGAUUCAUGGAGAGAUGAAUUUUUAAUGUAAGGUUAACCAAAAGAUCCAGAACAUUUUCCUUUUGUUGUUUUAGGAAAUAAAUUAGAUAAAGCCACAGAAAGAAAAGUUUAGGAAUCUAAAGCUUAAUAAUGGUGUAAAUCACAUGGAAACAUACAAUUCUUUGAAGUAUCAGCUAAAGAUGCCACAAAUAUUGAACAAGCUUUUCAAGACAUUGCAAAGGCUGCAGCAAGUUAGGAAAAAGAUGAAGAAAUGUAUCACUUUCUUAUCCAAUAUUUUUAGAUUUUUCCCUACAACUGUGACAUUAACUAAAUAGAGCCAAAAACCAUAAGCCAAACAAGGAGGAUGUUGUUGAUUCAAUGAGGUUUUAAACACAUUUCAUAAUAAUAUAAUUUAAAUCAAUC